AUGGCUCCGACUCGGAGUUUCAUUGGAUUUCUAAAUCCAAGAACUUUUAGCUCUGUUUUAAAUAGUAAAUUUUCUAAAACUUCUUGUCGCCUACUACAUAAAUGCAAUAAUUGUAGUCACUUCACUAGGGGUCCUGUAGUGGCCUUUGGUCAGAAAAAUUUUAAAUAUAACGAAAUUGCGAAACAUCGGUUCAUUCAUACAACAAAUUGUUUGAAUGCUCGGGCUGACUACUACAAAGUUCUCGGCGUCGCUAAGAAUGCAUCUGUCAAGGAUAUAAAGAAGGCAUAUUAUCAAUUGGCUAAGAAAUACCAUCCGGAUGCAAAUAAAUCAGAUCCAGAAGCUUCUAAAAAGUUCCAAGAAGUAUCAGAAGCUUACGAGAUUCUGUCUGAUGAAACAAAACGUAAGCAAUAUGAUACUUAUGGUACAACAUCAGACCAAAUGGGUGGAAUGGGAGCAUCUGGCAGUGAAGGGUUCACUCAUCAAUGGCAGUAUAAAUCCACCAUUGAUCCAGAGGAGUUAUUCCGUAAAAUAUUUGGUGAUGCUGGUUUCAAAAGUGAAGCCUUUAGUGAUUUUGCUGAGAGCCAGUUUGGCUUUGGAGCUGCACAAGAAGUAAUAGUAAACCUUCGUUUCACUGAAGCAGCAAGGGGAGUAAAUAAGGAUAUUAAUGUCAAUAUUGUUGAUACCUGUCCCAAAUGUCAGGGAUCUCGUUGUGAACUUGGCACCAAAGCUAUUAAGUGUACUUAUUGUAAUGGUACUGGAAUGGAGACAUUUUCAAGAGGUCCUUUUGUGAUGAGGUCUACAUGUCGACAUUGUCAUGGUACAAGAAUGCUUAUAAAAUUCCCUUGUGUUGAGUGUGAAGGCAAAGGGCAGAGUGUUCAACGCAAAAAGGUAACUGUUCCUGUACCAGCGGGCGUGGAAGAUGGGCAGACAGUGCGCAUGUCUGUCGGGAAUAAUGAGAUUUUUGUCACAUUCAAAGUGGACGCUUCAAACUAUUUCCGGCGUGAUGGUCCUGAUGUUCAUACUGAAUGCACGAUAUCUGUAUCCCAAGCAUUGUUAGGCGGGACGGUCCGGAUACAAGGGCUGUAUGAAGACCAUACAUUACAGAUAGUACCAGGUACUUCAUCUCAUAGUACAAUUCGCUUAUCCCGCAAAGGCAUGAAGAGAGUCAGCCAGCAUGGUUAUGGAGAUCAUUAUGUGCAUGUCAAAAUACAGGUGCCAAAGACGCUUAGUGAGAAGCAGAAAGCGCUCAUGUACGCAUAUGCCGAGCUCGAAGAGGAUACUCCAGGGCAGAUUCACGGCGUCUCCUUUGAUAGAGAUGAACGCACAAAAAAUAGCAGUAAAAACGAGAGCGCGAACUCGCACAAUAUCCACCCGAACAACAGAGACUCUGAGGGGACAAAACGCGAUUCAAAAUGGACGUUGCUAGAUAGUAUGUUACAGGCGUUAGAUAGGAACCGGCAGUCUUUCAUAAUGGGCUUCUUAUUAAGCGUCGUCUUUGCGUCCCUGCUGAUACUGUUUGAUCCUAAUAAAAAUAUUCAAGUCGAGGAUUACUUUGAAACGAAACCUAUGGAUCAACCAUACGGCUACCAAAGGUCGCUCAAAAAACAACGGGACGAGGAUCCCGAAUUGUAUGACGCUUAG